GUGUGGGGAUAAAGAGUUCAUGGAUAGUUGUGUACGGAAGACUGUAACUGGUAAAGAAAUCAAUCAUCGGGGACAGGGUAUAUUUGCCUCUCUCAAACUUCUAAAAGGGGACAUAAAACAGAUUCGAGAAGAUUUUCCCCAUGUAGUCCAGCCAAGUACAACAGUGGUGAGAAAGAUGGGUUUCCCAGAUGUUAUUCUGCCAGAUCUUGUGCGAAAUGAUAUAUACAUAACAAUUAUAGAGGGGGAGUUUAACCGUGGGUCAAAAACUGCUGAUAAGAAUGUGGAAGUGAGUAUGUUGGUGUGUAAUAAACAGGGAGAAGUUCUCAAGGAAGUGAUAAACCCAGGUUGUGGCAGUGAAGGAUCCUCCGAGUAUAAAACACUCAUUUAUUAUCAUGAAGACAAACCAAAAUGGUUGGAAAUUGUUAAGGUUGCUGUUUCAACAGAAAUAGAAUUUAGGGGUCUACACCUGAAAUUCCUUUUCAAACACAAGUCAAGAAAUGAAACCAAAGAUAGAAAUGAGAAACCUUUUGCUAUGGCCUUUGUAAAGUUGCUUAACAAGAAUGGUACAACACUGAAGGAUGAGGAACAUGACCUUCUUUUGUACAAGAUUGAUAAUAAGAAGGAAGAUAAGAUGCAUCAAGCAUACCUUGACCUUCCGUCGACCUUGAAGGAGCUGGAAGCUAGCAAUAUAGCUGGAUCAGGACACUACGGACCUAGUGGGUCUGGUACACAUUCACGUCUUCCUAAAAUUCCACUCUUCUGUGGACCAUAUUCUCUCAGUUAUAAAGACAGUUUUAAAGUUUCCACCUAUGUGUGUUCUACAAAAUUAACCCAUAACGUUGACCUGCUAGGCUGUCUUAAAUGGCAAAAGAUUCUAAAUGAGAAUGAUACGGCAUCACUAAAGAAACAUCUGACUUGUUUAAUGCGUGUAGACGGUGAAGAAAUUGUUAAGUUUUUACAAGAUUUGUUGGACUCGUUAUUCUACAUCUUGAUGCAGAACACGGUAUCUGACCUGUAUGACAAUCUGGUCUUUGAUGCCCUCGUUUAUAUCAUAGGACUGGUUGCAGACAGUAGAUAUUAUCAGUUCAGACCAAUAUUAGAUGCGUAUAUAAACUCCUUCAGUAUAACAACAGCAUAUAACAAGUUGAUGAGCAUAUUGAAGGAGUAUGUGGACAAUGCCAAUGAAGACACUGAUCACGAGCCUUCCUUCAGACAGGCCAUGAAAUCUCUAGAGUACAUAUUUAAAUUCAUCAUUCGCUCAAGGGAACUCUUUGCAAUGUUGAAUGAGAAUCGUGGGAAGCAGCAGUUUGAGAUCAUGUUAAAACAGUUGAUACAGUCCAUAGGUGGCAUGAUGCUUUAUACCUCAGACAGGACAGUCAGAGCUCAGGGAUAUGCCUUACGAAACAUGCCAGCAACUAUUUCAGAUAUACUCAAAGUCUUCAAUGCCGUGGAACUUAGUCAAUUGUUUGUGGAGUUCUUGAACCAUGUGCCAAAGAGUCGCCUUAAGAUUCAGAAGAUCAAGUUCUUCGAAGAUCUUGUGCAGACAGAGCUGUUUUCUAAAAGAGAAUGCAGGGAAGUUCUGCUUCCCAUGAUGCUUUGCCAAAUACGUGAUAUGAUGGAAGCUCAGGAUGAAAUGUCUGCUUGUAUUAAAGUGCUGAGCAGUAUAAUGGACCAUUUGUUUAACCCAAGUAAACCAUUAUACCAUGAGAAUGAUGUAGGUACAAUUAUGGAGAUUAUUUUACGGACUGUGAUACAAACUACAAUCAAAACACAUGCUGAGAACAUGGCGGAAUUUGAGGAUUGUGUAGAAAUAAAGGGCGACUGUGUGGCUGUGUUGUUGAAUAUUUUACGUCAAAUGAGCGAGGCCCAGUAUGUGAGCUACAUCAGUCGCUACACCCUGUUGACAGAUCUCGAGGAUUUUCUCAUGGAAAUAAUGAUGUUGUUCCAGAACCUCAUCACUUCUAGUGUCUACCAGCAUGACUGGAUGGAAAUGAUCAUGUUACAAAACAGCAUCAUUUUACGUGCCUUGCGAUGUUUUGCUCACACCAUUAGUGAUAGAUUUUCAAAUCCAUUCCAAUAUCAGUUGUGGAACAACUUUUUCCAUUGUGCAAUAUCGUUCCUCACCCAGGAUCACCUACAGCUAGAGAAUUUCUCGGCAAGUAAACGAAACAAAAUCAUCUCAAAGUACAAAGAUAUGAGGAGAGAGAUGGGGUUUGAAAUCAGGUCAAUGUGGAAAGGUCUCGGUAACAACAAGAAAUCAUUUAUACCAGAGAUGGUUGGUCCAUUGUUGGAAAUGACACUUAUUCCAGAAACAGAGUUAAGAAAAGCUACAAUUCCAAUUUUCUUUGACAUGAUGGUAUGUGAGUUUAACCAGCCAUCCCAGAAAGGAAUAAAAGGCAACUUUAAAGAGGUGGAGAAUGAGAUGAUUAAUCAAAUGGAUGUUCUGGUAGAGGGAGGUCGUGGUGACGAGCAGUACAUGCAGCUCUUCAAAGAUACGUUAUUAAAUCUGUGCAGCGGGUCAGAUUUAAUUCGCAAACAGGGAUUGGAAUUUGUUGAGAUGAUCACCAAAUUGUUACAGAGAUUGCUUGAGUAUCGUCACAUUAUUCAGGACGAGAUAAAAGAUCAUCGAAUGAGCUGUAUUGUUAACUUACUGGAUUUCUACAAUGAGAUAGGCAGGCAAGAGAUGUACGUGAGAUACCUACACAAACUACAUAACAUGCAUUUAGACUGUGACAACUUUACCGAGGCAGCUCAUACACUCAUACUUUAUGCAAAACUUCUUAAUUGGUCAGAUGACCGUUUAUCAACCAUUCUACAAUCAGAGAGGUUUCCCGAGGCAACGACACAUCGAGAACUCAAGGAAAUGUUAUACCAUCAUAUUAUACAGUACUUUGAGAAAGGAAAGAUGUGGGAGAAAGGAAUUGAUCUGUGUAAAGAGAUAUCUGGACUGUAUGAGAAUGAGUUAUUCGACUACGAAAAACUCAGCUGGAUUCUUAGAAGACAAGCAGCAUUGUUUGAAAGUAUUAUGAAGGAGAUGAGACCAGACCCAGAGUAUUUUAGAGUUGGAUAUUUUGGCAGGGGAUACCCCUCUUUCUUACAGAACAAGGUGUUUAUAUACAGAGGGAAGGAGUAUGAGAGAUUACAAGAUUUCAAUGGAAGAAUGCAAACCUUGUUUCCCAAUUCUGAGUUGAUGAAAACCUUAUCAGCUCCCUCAGAUGAGAUUAAAGAAUCCCCAAAACAAUAUUUACAGAUAAAUGCAGUGACCCCUGUCAUGGAAAUGCAUCAGAAAUUUGUCAAUAAACAAGUCAGUGAAAAAAUACUCAAGUAUUACCAGAUGAACGAGGUUCAGCUGUUUACAUACUCUCGGAGAAUUGAUGAAGGAGGCAGUAACAUUGCUAAUAUCUGGCAGGAGAAAACAAAUAUGACAACAGCCUCACCUCUACCUGGUAUACUGUGCUGGUUCCCUGUAACACAAACUAUAGUGUACAAAGUGAGUCCGAUUGAGACAGCUAUAGAAACUCUAGACUCAUCUAACAAGAAGCUGAACUCAGCAAUAGAGCAUCAGCUAACAGAGCCUAAAGCUAGACUUGAUCAGCUAGGUAUGUUAUUAAAGGGUAUAGUGGAUGCAGCAGUCAUGGGUGGAAUCUCAAAUUGGAAACAUUUUUACAGUGACGACUUUGCUGACAAUGAUAAAGAUAGGGAGUUUGUGAAACAACUUAAAGAGCACACCAAAACACAGGCUGUAUUGAUCAAAGAUGGUAUGUGGGUACAUAAACGUAAAUGUCCGGAGGUACAGAAACCAUUCCAUGCCUAUCUAGAGGAGAAACAUCUAGAAUGGUUACAGAUGAUUGAAAGCGAGUACAACAUUAAGGUGGCUGAGAAAGUUUCAGGAACAAGUACUUUAAAGAGGUUCCAGUCUUUGUCAGUGGUCAGUCUGGACAGACUCAGCAGCAUGUAUCCACCAAGUCCAACACAGGG